AUGCAAGAUGACACACUGCACCUCGGUCCCAACGGAGGUCUCAUAUUUUGCAUGGAGUAUCUUUGUCAAAAUCUUGACUGGCUAGAUGAAGCCAUAGGGGACGAGGAGUCAGAUUAUAUACUGUUUGAUUGUCCCGGUCAGAUUGAACUCUAUUCCCACCUUCCUAUCAUCCCACGUCUGAUUGAACAUCUGCAAAGAAGAUGGGACUUCCAUGUUGCGAGUGUCUUCAUCCUGGAUGCGCGUUUUCUAGUCGAUGGCUCACACUUUCUGUCAGGUAUUCUCUCUGCUCUUUCGGCGAUGAUAUGUCUCGGAACACCACACGUCAAUGUGAUGUCUAAGCUGGACAUGCUGUCCGAAAGCAAGCAGCGUCUCGUCCUUGCGCGUUAUCUGGAACCUAACAUGGACGAGUUGUGUGAAUCCGAAGAUGAAGAGGAGGGGAAGGGAGACCCUAAAACCGACGAUGUUUCAGUGACUGAUACCUCGCGAAAGCCUCGCACCCGAAAAUUUGCGAAGCUGACAAGUAUGCUAGCAGGUGUAAUUGAGCAGUACAGUCUCGUUCACUUCCUGCCUCUCAAUCGUGACAAGGAGGAUACUAUAGAAGAUCUUCUUUUCCAGAUCGACCAGUGCCUGCAGUACGGAGAGGACAUUGAGCCCCGAAAUCGUUAUUUUGAUGAGGCUGAAGUUGAGUUAGCGGGUGAAAUGUCGGCUGAUGAGAGGGCACUUUUCCCUCUGGUUUUGAUUUUGUGUGGAUCUAUUUUUCUAUACCUGCUGGAGUUGGCCGUUAAGACAUGCCAGUCAGUUCUUAUGAUUCAUAACACCAGGGUUACACGGGCGCUCAUGCUAGGCAUUGAAACCAUUGCUCACGCCACUACAGGUGCUGUCUUUUGGCUAAUUUGUGUUCCCUACUCGCCGCCCCCACGACUACUUUAUAUUUUGGAGUCAAUUCUGGCCGCCUGUGUAUUUGCAGUAUCAGUGGAUCUGGACCAUUUCAUCGCCGCCGGUAGUUUUUCAAUCGAUGCUGCUCGAAAUCUGCGCGGCCGGCCGUUUCUCCACUGGUUCGGAGGACUGCUGCUCUCCGUAGUUAUUCUGCUGGGUUUAACUGGUCUCCGGAUUACGAAGUAUCUGAAUUUUGGAGGGCUGGUGGUUGACUGCCUGCAGGCGUCUGGUUGGAUCGGCAUCGUGGCAUGGACGUCUCACCAGUUGCGGGAUGCUCUUCGUCUCGGUCUUUGGCUAUGGCCACCACCUGACCCCCACGAAUGGGUUCUCACUUGUCCAUACGAAAAGGCUGUCGCCACACGCCCGCUUCCACUUCUCUUAUCUUAUCCCAUUGCUCUUCUUUGUUGUUCGUUAUUGCUCUGGAUUAAAAGGCAGCGACGUGAUCCCUUCGUGCGCAAUGCUCGUAUCAACUCUUAUCGCUGCAGAAGUGCCUUCAAGUUGUUGCAGAUCAACGAUCUCGUGCCCGGAGGUCUGAUUCAGCCUGGUGACACUGUCGUCGAUUGCGGUGCAGCUCCUGGA